GGGGAAGAAGGGGGGCUGGAGGAAGAGACUCGCUAAACCACUCACGCCCAGGGGGCUGGUGGGAUUCUCUGACCUGCCUCUGCGUGUUGGGUUUGAUGCCAGCUCCGCCCAGAUACUGCGCGUGGAGUCUCAAGAUGACCUGUUACACCGUAGCCACAUUACCUCAAACCAUACAAACAGGGGCUCAAAACUCUCUUACAUAGAUUGUUAUUCUCGGUUCGAUCCACUGAAUGACGUCUCGUUUCGUUGACCCUUGUUUGAUCCUGUUUACUCAGUCCUCUAUCAAAGACGCGUUCCAGAACGGCUUGAGCUUGGAGGAGACCGCAUGCCAGUUGGCGAGCAAGGAUACACAGAAGCGAGACAUUCAGAUGAUGCGUGUAGUGGAGCACACCGACGGGAGAGCCUAUAGCUUGGACAACCGGCGGCUAGCCGUGUUUCGUUUAUUGCGUUUGGUCGGCAAGUGUGGUAAGAUCAAGAUCAUGGUUAUCCCGAAGCCCGAUGCCGAGUGGCGCAAGAAGUUUGACCCAUCCGCCGACCACUCAAAGAUCCUGGUUCGUGGCCCCAGGUGGAUCGUCGGGGCGACGAGAUUGGACACGACCUUCCCCUUGGAUCGUAUCAAGGCAGCGAUGAGGGACUCCGUUUUGGUUUCGGAUGCCAGGGUUUGCUCGAUCCUCGAGGGCAUGGACAGCGACGACGAUGCGGAGGAUGACGAGGUGCUCGCCGGUUUGCGCGGGCGUCCCGCGAGGCCGAAGCAGGCUGCGAAGAGCGCGCCGCGCAAGAAGAAUGCGUCGGACCAGCGCAGGGGCGACAAGAGCGGCGGUAAUCUCCACUUCCCCGACGACCUCGAGCCCUUUGCCGCUGGGAAGUCACGGUAUACCUACCGGUGUCGUGUGCAGCGGGGAUGUGUCAUGGGCUUCCCCGAGGGCUCCUAUUUGGUUUUGAAGGCAUUCAAGCCAGGCUUCGCCAACCACCAGAUCACGAGCAAAGACGUGGCCAUGCAGCAGGAGGUCGCACGGCUCGCUGCCCUCUUCAACGAUAAUGUGCAGCCGAAGCAGAACCAGCAGCCUUGCCUGAUCUACGUCCGCGAUGCGGCGAUCGUCAGCUUCGCACGGGACGUCCAUAAGCAGAGCACUGGCAAGGUCGUUCUGCCACGGGGGGAGAGUUUUCUGCUCGAGCGGGAGAUUUUCGGUGAGUUCCGGAAGUUCAACUCGAACAACGGUUGGGCAACGAAGACUGGGGGCGAGAUACCGCAGGCGUUCAGCCACUGGACUUGGGCGAAGUAUCGGAAGCUGGUCUGCGACCUGCAAGGCUACCAGGGCAAGCCGCCAGGCCCCAAAUACCUCGGCUCCGCGUACUACUACCUCUUCACUGAUCCCGCGAUCAUGAGCAUCGAUGGCAGCUACGGGCUGACUGACAUGGGUAUGCGCGGCAUCGAGAAUUGGUUCUCGGCUCACACUUGCAGCGGCAUGUGCCACGCGCUGGGGAUCACCGCCGACCGCCCAGUCGGCCGAAGGACGAUGUCCGUGGAGUCCUCGUCGUCCUACCGUGAGACGAGCAACUCGUACGCUCCGAGGGCCCUGGCUCCCCGCAACGAUCUCGUCUUCGGCCUCGGGUCGCUCAGAGAAGCUUUACAAGAGGAGCUCUCAGAUUACGACUCUGACUAUUGAUUUGGUCUCCAGCUCUGUUCAUCGCUGCUCGGCCUUGGCAUUUUACGUGCUGUUGCUCGAGGUUCGUUUUGAAGGAAAGGACACGGGCGACCAUGUUUUCCACAUGGCCUAUUGUCGGGCACAUCCGGGGGGUGUCACACAAGGGAUGCAUUUCUACGCAUCGGUGCCAAAGCGCCGUUUGCUGGGUCUCUGACAGGCAAUGUCUGUGUUGAUGGUCGGUAAGGGUCUUCAGUGAA